CCUCACUCCAGCGCUCCAAGCACACACUCAGCGCAGCUACACAUACUCCCUGGCGCAAAGAGAGGGCAUUGCAAUCAAGACGCACCUACACUGCAAUCCGGCGCCGUUCACCUCCGCGUGCCUCCCUGUUCUCUACGGCUGUGUAAAGCGUUUUAGUUAUUUCAGUAAAGUCUGCGCGAACAGGUAUGUCACCUGGAGUGCCAUCACCCCUUGAAGCUUGGAGUUCUGAGGUAUUUUUGCUCUUUGGACAACAUGUCGUGAAGUCGUCAUCUCUGUACACUUUGAGCAGCCCAGUGGUAGAAGUCUAGCUUUUCAAGAGACAUUAACAAAAUUCAGGUCAACUGGUAUUCAACAUAGAGGAAUCACUUGGAAUUGCUCUUGACAGGAGUUCUGUGUUCGCCCAAAUAGACGAUACUGCAUUUUCACAGUCAAAUUAACUUUGAAUGACCGGUACAAUAUCGCUUAGCUUUAGACAGCCCUCAGUGGUACUAUUGUGUUUCGUAGACUCCACCUCAGUUCAGCCCUCACAGGACCUCUCUCACUGAGCCUCAGCAUCUGCAAGCCAGUCAGUGCUCUCGCGCCGAAUCCACGCAGCGAGCUUGACGCGCACAGUCUCCUUGGGACUCUGGGGAAACUGGCUGUAGAGCAACAUGUUUCCAGCGUGGCGUGGACGGACGCUCGCUGUCGGCUCAGUGUCACUUUGGACCAUGUUCUGGCGUUCGUUCGGACUGAAGUGUGCCUUCAGCUGGAUGCUGACUGCUUUGCUCAUCCACUGUUCACGAGCUCAAGAUGAUGUUCCUCCCUACUUCAAGAUGGAGCCCAUUCCGACUCAGGUCCACCUGGAAGGGAACCGCCUGGUGCUCACCUGCAUGGCCGAGGGAAGCUGGCCUCUCGAGUUCAAGUGGAUCUACAACGGAACCGAGCUGACGCGCUUCUCGCUUGAGUACAGGUAUGUGAUCCCGGCGCUGGACCGUGCCCAUGCGGGGUUCUACCGGUGCAUCGUGAGGAACCGGGUGGGCGCCCUGAUGCAGCGGAGUACUCAGGUGCAAGUGGCCUAUAUGGGCGGUUUUGUGGAGGGCGAGCGCACCCAGGCCGUGUCCCAGGGAGAGGCAGCGGUCAUCCUGACCCCACGCAUCCUCAGCUACCCCCGGCCCCAGAUCACAUGGUUCAGGGACGGACGCAAGAUCCCCCCCAGCAGCCGCAUAGCCAUCAGCUUGGACAACACCCUCAUCAUUCUGUCCACGGUCGCCCCCGACGCCGGCCGCUAUUACGCACAGGCCGUCAACGACAAGAAUGGGGAGAACAAGACGAGCCUACCGGUUACCCUGACUGUGGAGAACAUAGGCGGUCCUGCGGACCCCAUUGCUCCCUCCAUCAUUGUCCCCCCGAAGAACACGAGUGUGGUGGUGGGAGCGUUUGAAGUCACCCUGGAGUGUGUGGCCAAUGCCAGGCCACUGGUGAAGCUGGCCAUCACAUGGCGUAAGAACGGUCAGGUGUUCACCCGUGGCAUCCGGGACUUCGGCCGGCGGGUGAGCAUCAGCGGGCCUCUCGUGAGUGACAGCGGGUACUACGAGUGCGAGGCCUCCCUGCGCAGCAGUCGAGCGCCCAUCGUCAAAGCUGGGGCUUACCUGCACGUGCUGGAGCACCCAAUGUUUGUGAAAGAGCCUGAGAGACACAUCAGUGCAGAGAUGGAGAAGGUGGUGGACAUUCCCUGCCAGGCCAGAGGAACCCCUCAGGCUGAUAUCGUGUGGUAUAAGGACGCCGCACUCAUAAGUCCAGUGAAGACCCCCCGCUACAGGGUCCUGGUGGGUGGCAGCCUGCAGAUCAACGGCCUGUUGCCGGACGACACGGGAAUGUUCCAGUGCUUCGCCCGCAACCGGGCCGGCGAGAUCCAGACCAACACCUACCUGGCCGUCACCAGUAUCGCUCCUAACAUCACGGUGGGGCCCGCAGACAGCGCCGUGAUUGACGGCAUGUCCAUCAUCCUGCACUGCGAGACCGCCGGUGCCCCGCGGCCCGCCAUCACUUGGCAGAGAGGUGAGCGAGUGUUGGCCAGUGGUUCAGUGCAGCUGCCCCGCUUCACGCUGCUGGAGUCUGGUAGUCUGCUGAUCAGCCCGUCCCACCUGUCCGACGCCGGCUCCUACACCUGCAUGGCCAGCAACUCCCGUGGCAUCGACGAGGCCUCCUCCGACCUGGUGGUCUGGGCUCGGACCCGCAUCACCAACCCUCCACAGGACCAGAGCGUCAUCAAAGGCACCAAGGCCACCAUGACCUGUGGGGUCACUAAUGACCCGAGUGUCACCGUCAGGCACGUCUGGGAGAAGGGGGGCUCAGCCAUCGAUGUGGGGGCUGUUCCGCGCAUCCGCCUGGACUCGGACGGCACACUCCACAUCUUCCAGACCUGGUCGGGAGACAUCGGCACCUACACCUGCAAAGUCACAUCUGUCGGGGGAAACGACACACGGAAUGCCCACCUCCGUGUCAGGCAGCUUCCUCACUCUCCAGAAAACCCAAUGGCCACCCUGAGUCCCUCCGAGAAGCGGAGCAUUAACCUGACCUGGGCGCAGGCCUUCGACGGAAACAGCCCACUCAUCCGCUACAUCCUGGAGGUGUCCGAGAACAACGCGCCGUGGACCGUGCUCCUGGCCAACAUCGACCCCGAGGCGGCCAGCGUGUCGGUGGGCGGACUCAUCCCCGCGCGCUCCUACCAGUUCCGCCUGUGUGCCGUCAAUGACGUGGGCCGAGGCCAGUUCAGCCGCGAGACGGAACGGCUGUCUCUGCCUGAAGAGCCCCCCAGCGCACCACCUCAGACGGUGAUCGCCAGCGGCCGCACCAACCAGUCCAUCAUGAUCCAGUGGCAGCCGCCCCCGGAGAGCCACCAGAACGGCCCGCUGCAGGGCUACGUCAUCAGGUACUGUCUCUCUGGUCUGCCAGUGGACUGCCAGAUCAAGAACAUCACCAACGCUGACCAGACAAACAUGCUGCUGGAGGACCUCAUCAUCUGGACCAACUACGAGAUCGAGGUGGCAGCCUACAACGGAGCAGGCCAGGGCGUGUUCAGCCACAGGGUCACAGAGUGGACCCUACAGGGAGUUCCCACUGUUCCCCCGGGUAAUGUCCAGGCCGAAGCUGUCAACUCCACCACUGUGCGUUUCACGUGGAACGCCCCGAGCCCACAGUUCAUCAAUGGCAUCAACCAGGGCUACAAGCUCUUGGCAUGGGAGCCUGGCCACGAGGACGAUGUCAGCAUGGUAACGGUGCGGCCCAACUUCCAGGACAGCGUGCACGUGGGCUACAUCUCGGGCCUGAAGAAGUUCACCCAGUACUCCACCUCCGUGCUCUGCUUCACCACGCCAGGGGACGGACCCCGCAGCCCAGCCCAGAGGGCGCGCACCCACGAGGACACCCCCGGCCCCGUGGGUCAUCUGAGCUUCACAGACAUCCUGGACACUUCCCUCAAAGUCAGCUGGAAAGAACCAAACGAGAAAAACGGCGUUCUCACGGGCUACCGCAUCUCCUGGGAGGAGUUCAACCGCACCAACACUCGCGUCACCCACUACCUGGCCAACCAGACCCAGGAAUACCGCGUCACCGGCCUGACUGCCCUCACCACCUACACCAUCCAGGUGGCCGGCAUGACCUCCAAGGGCCAGGGCCAGCUCUCCUCCUCCACCAUCUCCUCCGGGGUUCCGCCAGAGAUGCCUGGACCCCCCACCAACAUCGCCAUCUCCAACAUCGGCCCCCGCACGGUCACACUGCAGUUUAAACCCGGCUACGAUGGCAAGACCUCCAUCUCACGCUGGCAGGUGGAAGCACAGAUUGGUGUGAUCGGGGAAAAUGAGGAGUGGCUCACGGUUCACCAGCUGACCAAUGAGCCAGAUGCCCGAUCACUGGAGGUCACUGGCCUGAACCCCUACACCUUCUACAGGUUCCGCAUGCGGCAGGUGAACAUAGUGGGCACCAGCCCCUCCAGCCAGCCCUCCAGGAAGAUCCAGACCCUGCAGGCUCCUCCAGACAUCUCCCCCUCCAACGUGACCCUACGCACGGCCAGUGAGACUAGCCUCUGGCUUAGAUGGGUGCCUUUGCCAGAGUGGAAGUAUAAUGGGAACCAGGACCUGGUGGGCUACCGGGUGCAGUACUCACGGGCGGGGUCAAAGGCCGGGGUCCUGUCCCACGUCAUAGCAGACCGCCUAGAGCGGGAGUUCACUAUCGAAGACCUGGAGGAGUGGACCGAGUACGAGGUACGCGUGCAGGCACUGAACGGCAUCGGAACCGGACCUCUAAGCCGAUCCAUCAUCGGCAGGACCCGCGAGUCCGUGCCCUCCUGUGGCCCCAGCAACGUCUCGGCCUUUGCCACCACCUCCAGUAGCAUCCUGGUCCGCUGGGGGGAGGUCCUCGAGCACGACCGCAAUGGCCUCAUCCUGGGCUACAAAGUGGCCUAUAAGGAGAAGGACCUGGACACGGACCUGAGGUUCUGGACGGUGGAGGGCAACACCAGUCACAGCGUGCAGCUGACCGGGCUGGGGAAGUACGUGCUGUACGAGAUUCAGGUCCUGGCCUUCACCCGCAUCGGAGAUGGCAGGCCCAGCUCGCCCCCCAUUCUGGAGAGGACCCUUGAUGACGUGCCAGGCCCUCCGAUGGGCAUCCUCUUCCCUGAGGUGAGGACCUCCUCAGUCCGGCUCAUAUGGCAGCCUCCAGCCCAGCCCAACGGCAUCAUCCUGGCCUAUCAGAUCACUUACCGCCGGAACUCGUCCACGAGCAACGCGGCCACCGUGGACGUCCUCAGCCCCAGUGCGCGUCAGUACACGGCGACCAGCCUGAAGCCCGAGAGUGUGUACGUGUUCCGCCUCACAGCUCAGACCAGGAAGGGCUGGGGAGAGGCUGCCGAGGCCCUAGUGGUCACCACGGAAAAAAGAGCUCACCCGCAGCCCACCAGUAGGCCUGUGGUGCCCCAGGAGGAGGUCCAGGCUAGGAGCGUGCUGUUGUCAUGGGAACCAGGCAGUGACGGCCUUUCCCCGGUCCGCUACUACACGGUCCAGUACCGAGAGCUGCCGGACAGCAACUGGACUGUGCAUUCAGCCUCGGUCAGCCACGAGGCCAGCUCCUACAUUGUGGACAAACUCAAGCCAUUCACCUCCUACCAGUUCAAGGUGAAGGCCACCAAUGAUAUUGGAGACAGUGAAUACAGUGAAGAGAGUGAGGCCAUCACCACCCUGCAGGAUGCGCCAGACAAAGCUCCCACAAUCCUCUCUGUCACGCCGCACACCACCACGUCCGUGCUGGUCCGCUGGAAGCCUCCAUCUGAGGAGCAGAUCAAUGGCGUCCUGCUGGGCUUCCGCGUGCGCUUCCGAGAGCUGCACCACGACCGCCUGAGGAGCUUCACGGUGCGCACGGUCAACAACCCAGCUGCCAGCUGGGCCGAGCUCACCGCCCCCUACAGCGUUAGGAACCUCAGCGAGUCCUCACUCACCCAGUACGAGCUGGACAACUUAAGCAAAAACAAGCGCUACGAGAUCCGCCUGAGUGUGUACAACGCCGUGGGGGAGGGGCCCAUCAGCACACCACAAGAGGUGUUCGUGGGGGAAGCAGUGCCCACGGCCCCACCCCAGAAUGUGGCCGUCUCGUCCUCAACCGCCUCUCAGCUGGACGUGACGUGGGAUCCUCCUCCUCUAGACGCCCAAAAUGGAGACAUCCAAGGCUAUAAGAUUUACUACUGGGAGUUCCAGCUGCAGAACGACACAGAACGCCUGCGGACGCUGUUCCUGCCCGAGGGUGUGGUCAAGCUGAAGAACCUGACGGGCUACACCACCUACAUGGUCAGCGUGGCCGCCUUUAACGCCGCUGGAGACGGCCCGCGCUCGCCGCCCACCAGAGGGCGCACUCAGCAAGCAGCUCCCAGCACUCCUGGCUUCAUUCACUUCAGCGAGCUGACCACCACCUCGCUCAACGUGUCCUGGGGUGAGCCCAAGCGUCCCAACGGCAUCAUCGAGGGCUACCGCGUGGUCUACGAGCCCUGCACGCCCGUGGAUGGUGUCAGUAAGGUUGUGACAGUGGAUGUGAAGGGCAGCACUCCCCUCUGGAUGAAAGUCAAGGACCUGGCAGACGGCGUGACCUACACCUUCCGCAUCCGAGCCAAAACCCUGACGUACGGGCCAGAAGUGCAAGCCAAUAUCACCACAGGGCCUGGAGAAGGUGCUCCAGGCCCUCCUGGGGAGCCAUUUAUUACCCGCUAUGGGAGCGCACUCACAUUGCAUUGGACCAGCGGCGAUCCCGGACGAGCCCCCAUCACACGCUAUGUGAUCGAGGCUAGGCCAUCCGACGAAGGCUUGUGGGAUAUUCUUAUCAAAGACAUUCCCAAAGAGGUCACAUCAUACACCCUUGACUUAGACAUGUUAAGGGAGGGGGUCACCUAUGACUUCCGGGUCAUCGGAGUGAAUGAUUAUGGGUAUGGCUCGCCCAGUGCACCUUCUCCGUCAGUAUCUGCCCAGAAGAUCUCGCCGUUUUAUGAGGAGUGGUGGUUCCUGGUGGUGAUCGCGCUUGUGGGCCUGAUCUUCAUCCUCCUCCUUGUCUUCAUCCUCAUCAUUCGUGGACAGAGUAAGAAGUACACCAAGAAAUCUGACUCAGGUAACCACUCCAACUGCACGUCUCUGCCCCUCAGCCAUGGAGAGAUGGUGAGGCUGGAUGAAGGCCGCUUUCCCUCCCUGGAGCUCAACAACAGGCGACUCUCCGUGAAGAACUCCUUCUGCCGCAAGAAUGGAAUUUAUACCCGGUCUCCACCGAGGCCCAGCCCCGGCAGCCUGCACUACUCCGACGAGGACGUCAGCACCAAGUACAACGACCUGAUCCCGGCCGAGAGCAGCAGCCUCACUGAGAAGCCCUCAGAGAUCUCAGACUCCCAGGGUAGCGACAGCGAAUACGAGAUGGAUCCCAACCGGCAGAAGACCCACUCCUUUGUCAACCACUACAUCAGCGACCCCACCUACUAUAACUCGUGGCGGCGGCAGCAGAAGGGCGUCUCCCGCCCCCCAGCGUACGGAUACGGCCAGCCUGACAGCGUGGCGGAGCAGGAGUCCCGACCACAGCCACCUCCUCUUCCCCCCCUACCUCCUCUCCUGCCCCAGCAGAGCAACCCCUCCCCCCAGCCUCAGAGCCAAGGGAGCACCCUGUUCAGGCCCAAGGGCAGCCGGACUCCCACCCCAUCUCUGCUGUCCUCCGAGCCCCACAGCCAGCACAGCACCCUCUACAGGCCCCCCAGCAGCCUGGGCUCAGCCAAUCAGGCACCUCCCACGGGAUUCUCCUCUUUCGUUUGACGCCAGACUCCCAUUCCGCUAACAGCAGUAGCAUCAACAUCAGACCUAGGGGUUUGGACUUCAGUUAGAUGUUGUGGGGUUUUUUUUGGUUGUUUUUAUUUAUUUUUUAUUUAAUUGUAUUUGCAUAGGAAGGUGCAAAAUUUGCCUUUUGAUUUUCAUUUUCCCCUCGUGUGGGUGUGUGGUUGUGUGUUUGAGCUUUUUUUUCUGGAAAAAAAAGAAAACUAAAAAACAAAAAACAAAACAGACAAUCAUUCGGAAUGAACAUUUCUGUUGCUUGAACAGAUGGGUGAAGUCACCAAAACAUUUAUUUUAGGAUGAAUCAGUGAAAUUCAUCAAAGUAAUCAUGUCACUUAACAAAGGUAUCAGUUCUAAGAAAAGUUUGUGACUGAGAUUGAUAUGCCCUUGUUCUUAACCUCACAAUAUAUAACAACUGUUUUUCGAAACACAUUCUUGCAUUCUACCAUAGCAGGAUACUUGAUGGUCACAAUAUCAAGUGUAAUUCCAACGUUGAAGUAUGUAAAUACAAGCAUGUGGGAAAAUUCCUGGAUGAAUCCCUCAUAUUCCCGUUAGAAUUCAAGUUCGCGUUUUGGAAGAAAAAAAAAAGGGCCAAUGUAAACCAGAGAUGAAAUGGAAGCUGGAUAUCAAGUUUGAAACAGGGUGAAUGGUAAAUGCUACCAAGGCCCAGUGCUGUCCUUAUUUCUGUGCAUCUUUAAUAGCCUUUGGAAUGGUGGCUGUAACAUGGUUUUAUUUAUUUCCUGCAAAUAUUAUAAUAUUAGCACUUUGCUUAUUACUUAACAUUAUCACAAUAGAGUUGUGGCAAUGAGAAGAUUUUGCACAGUCAGAGAAAAGUUUCAUUUGUAAAAGUUAGUCAGCCAGCAUGACACGAUUGUGGAACAAGUUCGUAUUUUUGUAGAUCAUAUCAUUAAACGGGGCGUCAUGAUCAGAUGACGGCCAGGACUGCAGCCCUCAAUUGCACACUAAGAUAUGCAAUUGAUCCAGCAUAGAAUUCUAAUAGCAUUGCAGUGGUAGUACAGUGUAUGAGAGUGUUAAACACAAUUCCUGUUUCCUCAAAGGUUGUCUGUACGGUAUCGGUCAUUAAUAUAAUUGUUGAAUGCUUGUCAUUUAAUGCUUUUAGGCUGGUCCAGUGUUUUUUUUUUCAGUGUGUGAUUUCAGCAAGUGGCAGUAUGGGUUGUUGCCAAGCAGUUACAUCAUUUGACUUCAGCUUCUGCGUGAUGUCCCGAGACACAGAUGGCUUCCUGUUGUCAUUACGUUAACAGUGUUGGACGUGUUUUGUCGGUUUGUUUUGAUUUCAAGAGGAUAUACACAGAUGUGUGAACUAAGACUUUUCAGAAGAGCCCAAACACACAAGUUGUGCGUUAUUACGUGGACUCGUGACCAGGCACUCGGAGGUUCUCUUACUGCUUUUGGGGCCUCAAAAAAAAACUUCCAGGGCCGUUCUCAUGGAUGACUCGGCAUGGUCUGACUAUCCAGCAAUGGCACUGCAUCAUUUUGCAGUGGAGAGGACAGAAAGGGUAUGGUUUAACUGUGCCAACAUCUGUGUACAGAUCUGUCACUUAGGGCCUGUAAGAACAUUUUACGUCCAUAUACCGCAAAUCUGUUCUCACUACAAGGACCUGGAGCAACAAGUUAAGACAGCCCUUGCCAUCUCACCAAAAAAAAUGCAUUAUGAUGUCCUUCUUUCUUCUUACAUUGUGCAAAUCUUUAUUGAAUAUACUGUAGAAUGUGUUUUCACAAUAUUCAUCUGUACACGUGCUAUGAAAGCAGAGCCACAAUAAGAAUUCUAAUGAAUACUUCAUUUACACUCUUAUUUUAAGUCAGAAUAUGG